AUGACUAGCAAAAACUCGACUCCUGUUUUGAUAUUUCCAGGCAAGGGUUUGGGCUUUAUCACCCUGGGUGCUUCGCUGCACAAUGUCCUUACCCGAGUCAAGUCUUAUCCCCAAGCCUAUCCCGCGAUUGAUCUGUCGUACUCACCAACCGACCCUCUUCGCACUCCCGUCUUAUUACAACUCCCCGCCAACGGGCUAAGGCUACGGUUUGAUGGCCCUGAUCAAAGACUCCGCUUGAUCGAGGUCUUGGAUUUUUCUCGAGUGAACCUGGUCUAUAAAAAUCAGGAUGUACUCAAAGGCAGUAAAGCUGAUGAGUUAGGGACUUCCCCACAAGGUCCUAGCUUUCGACAUGUGUAUAACCGGCUCUUUGGCCCGUCCUACCCAGGCGAAUAUGUUCCUCCAACAGAUAACUCUCCCUAUGGAAUCUAUGUGCUUUCCUAUCCGGGAGUGGCUUUUUCAUUCCCUCUGCAGCAUUCAGCAUGGUCUGAUCAAUGUGACUUCGUAGCCUUGCUGUCGUCCUCAGCUGCUCUCCCAGCUACCUCUAUGUCGAUCUUCCAAGGGUCAUCCUGGCCUGAGGUUCGAACAAAACUAUUCACCCAGCAACCACAGCACCCCAGAUCCUCUGCGAUUGUGGGAAAAUCUCGCGACUCAGUCGCUGAUGAGGUGGAGGAGUUUCAUAUUCUCGGAGCUGGGAAGCUCGAGGUAGUUCGGCGGACAAGCCCACCUCUACUUCUGAACUUGGGAGAAAAUACCCCACAAGAUCUAAUUGCAGAGUUUGGACCCCCAGAUGCCAUUUAUCGUAAACAUGAUCGACGGAUAUCUAUUCACCGAGUAGCAGGAGUUGGUGGUGGUGAUGCUGUGCAUCUCAGCCCCUCACCCAGCCGAGGGAUGGAUAUUCCUGAUACUGACCGCUCCUCCAGUAAUAGCGUGACAGAUGACUCGGAUGAUGAAAUCUCUCCGAGCAAUAUUGGGGAUCCAACUUCACUUCCAGCAGAGUGCUUUUUUAAUUAUUUUCAUCAUGGUUUUGAUGCCUUCAUCUCCUACCCAGUCACGCCCGGACCAGCGUUUCCGAGCUCUGAAAUCUCGGACCCUUCCCCUCCGCCACCUUCUUCCCAGCUGACUGUUACCAAAAUCAUCCUACAUGGCAAUGUACCGGGAUCAUAUCCAUUUAAUCGUCAUCGACGAACCCGCUGGGUAAUCCAUCUCGAUCAAUCCGAGGAUGAGCUUACGUCAGAGUCGCCAUACGAUGAGAUCUCCGAGCAGCUUCGUGAAGUUUGGAAAGGUGCUUACGGCAACCAAGCGGAAGAGCGCGCGAUGCAACGGCCUAUGGUACUGAACCGUGGCUGGGGUGACAGUCCGGAGAGCAGUGUCGAGUUUCUUGGCGGCUGGGAAGAGACCACUGCCAAAGGGCCUAGGUCUGGUACGGAUGACCACGAUGGCGGCUUGGGAAAUACAGAACUGUUUGGAUUCCCAGGUCUUCUUUUCGAAGUGAUGAAGAACGGCGCAGUCAGCUGCUUGACUGUAUAUUAA